AAAUUCAUUUAUUAGGCGAAAAUUCAAUUUAUUUCAGUCGCGAUCAUAACAAGUGUUAUGUCAUAGUGUCUGCGUUUCCUGCUAAGUGUUAUUUAUAUAUUAAAAAAAUGAACAUUAUAACUGCUCAACUAGGACAUAUUUUGCAUAAUUGUAUUCGGUUCAAUAUAAAAUGCUCGUGGUCUCGAUCACAUUUUACCUACUAUCCUACAUCUUUGGGAACUGGAAAUCGAAUGAAUAUGUUUAACGCCAUAAAUAAUGCAAUUGAUUUGGCGCUAGACGAAGACAAAUCAGCAUUGUUGUUUGGCGAGGAUGUGGGAUUCGGUGGAGUUUUUCGGUGUUCAGUUAAUCUACGGGAUAAGUACGGAAGUCAGCGCGUUUUUAAUACCCCCCUAUGUGAGCAAGGAAUUGCAGGUCAUUGUGGUCUUUGUAUGUGUCGUUGUUUUCGACAUUUGGCAUUUAUGACAUCUACGUAUUCUACAGUGAAGUCGUAUUCUUCAAGCUCUAACCGCAUGCGAGUUAAUGUAGAACUGGAAUUACUCAUAGAAAAUAGCUUUGCAAUUGGUGUGGCUAAUACUGGAGCAACCGCGAUAGCUGAAAUUCAGUUUGCGGACUACAUAUUUCCUAGUUUUGACCAAAUAGUAAAUGAAGCAGCCAAAUAUCGCUACCGAAGCGGAGGGCUAUUCGACUGUGGAUCCUUAACUUUUAGAGUUCCUUGCGGUGCUGUUGGACACGGAGCACUCUACCAUUCUCAAAGUCCUGAAGCAUACUUUGCGCAUACCCCGGGUCUUCGUGUCGUGGUACCUCGUGGACCGAUAAAAGCAAAAGGCCUUAUCCUUGCAUGUAUUCGUGAUCCAAACCCGUGCAUUGUUUUUGAGCCAAAAACUUUAUAUCGGGCAGCCGUUGAGGAUGUUCCAACGGAAUACUAUACAUCACCGCUUGGCAAAGCUGAUAUAUUGCGACAUGGAAAAGAUGUCACACUUAUUGGUUGGGGUACACAAGUACAUGUGCUAUUAGAAGUUGCAGAAACUGCAAAUCUGAAGCUAAAUAUAGAUUGUGAAGUUAUAGACUUGGUCUCCAUUUUGCCGUGGGACACUGAUGCCAUAUGCACCUCUGCUAAAAAAACCGGCCGAGUUAUAAUUGCGCAUGAAGCUCCAUUAACACAGGGAUUCGGUUCAGAGCUAGCAUCGUACAUUCAAGAAAAGUGCUUUUUGCACCUUGAAGCACCUGUUAAGCGAGUGACUGGAUGGGAUACUCCGUUUCCUCACGUCUUCGAGCCUUUUUAUAUGCCCGAUAAACACCGUUGUUUGUCAGCUAUCAAUGAUAUUGUUAACUUUUGAAAAUUGUAAGAUGAGAAAUGAAAGGUUUGCAUUUCAUAAGUUACUUAAAGAAAAUGGGUUUAAAGAUAUUAUAUUCCUGUAAAAAAUAUAA